AUGGAUCCUGUCUCGGCUGUUGGUCUGGCAUCCUCUGUCCUCACCUUCGUAGAGUUUGCUUGGAACCUGGUUGGAGGCGCGAUCGAGAUAUACCGCUCAGUAGACGGGACUCUGGAUGAGAAUGCGCGCCUCGACGAUGUUCAGGAUGAUCUUGACGCUUUGUCUGAUUUACUGAGCGUACAGCCCCUGUGUAAGACUAGAGCCGAAAGGAGGACCGCCAGAGUCGCGCAAGAAUGUCACGCCGACUCCAAGAAACUUCAGAAUCUGCUCAAAGAGCUCGCCGGUCCCAGAAACAAUCGGACGGUCUGGCGCAGUGUGAAAUCAAGUUGGAUGAGUAUCAGAAGCAGGAAGGACGUAGCUGAGAUGAAAAUUCGGCUGCAAGAAUACCGGUCAGAGAUUCUCCUCCAAGUGACAUUGCUCCUCAGCGAAGAGCAAUCUAGCAUCAACCUCGACAUUGCCAAGCUCAGAGAUGAUUGUUCACAGUUGAAGAUCGGGUUCAGAACUCAGAUCACUAGCACACAGAACAGAAUUCUGGGGGCCAUAGACAGAUUGAACAAAUCCAUCGGCGUUGAGCAAGCGACGAGUGAAACAUCCCUGUCUGACAUAUCGACAAUGCUUCUCACGAUCCAAGCCGUAGUAGGCGAUACCCAUCUUCAGCACCGAAUACUUCGCCAGCUCGUCUCCGAAGACAUGGACUCCCGCGCCAAUCAGAUACCGAGGGCUGCACGGGAUACCUACAACUGGACCGUCGAGGACGGCCCUUUGAAUAGAGGGGAUAAACGUGCACGUGCGUGGCAGCUAUUCCUUGAAUGGCUGAGAGCAGGGGACAAAAUUCUCCACGUCUCGGGAAACCCUGGAUCAGGGAAAUCAACUCUGAUGAAGUUUCUUAGCCAACAUGAAAGAACCAAGAAGGAGCUGCAGGUAUGGGCAGCACCGGACACAUUGGUAUUCUGUGUAUUUCAUUUCUGGAAUCCAGGUUCCAGGAUGCAACGGACUCUGACAGGGUUCUACCGCUCAAUGCUCUUCCAAGCACUCAGCCAGUGUCCAGAGCUCGCUGCAGAAGUUUUCCCAGUGCAGUUCAGAAGAAUGCAGGCCUCCGUUGGAGACAUACUGGUAGAGAAGGUCCAACAUUUUGACCAAGACCGUAUUGAAGAAUGUUUCAAACUGCUUUUGAAUCGGGCAUCCACGGGUGGAUAUCGGCUGUGCUUCUUCAUCGACGGCCUGGAUGAGUGUGAGGGCAACCGGCUUCAACACGAGGAAUUGGCCAACAUGCUGCAGAGUUGGGUUAGUUCUGGUGCCUUCAAGAUGUGUGUCAGUUCCCGGCCAUAUUCGGAAUUCAUGCGCCCACUCGAUCACUCAGGGAACAGGCUGAUCAAGCUGCACGAGCUCAACGAGUCCGAUAUCAGGACUUACUGUCUUAACCGCCUGGCGAACGACAUCGAUGGUCGGAAGAGGGGCGAUCUGUGCCGACGCUUGGUGCGCAUCGUGGUUAAGCAUGCCCAAGGCGUUUUCCUAUGGGUUCACCUUGUCAUCGACCUCCUACUUGUGGGAUUUCGUCAGGGCGAUCCCGAUUCGGUCAUCGAGGCCCAGCUCAGAGCAUUGCCUCCCGACCUCGACAUGCUAUAUACAAAGUUGAGGGAGCCUAUUGAGGCGGACAAAGUUCAGAGGCUGAGGUCAAAUCGAAUGCUCCUACUUGCAACACACAACCCCUGUCGUCGUGAUCUGACAGCUAUGGCAUUCUCCUGGCUGGAGGGGCAGCAAUGUGACCAAGGAGGACUGUUGAGUCCCGACUUCCCAUCAGCCAGCCACAUGAAGCCAUACUCUGAGGAUGAAAUUGCCAAUCGGCUCGAUCAUGUCACAAAGCAAAUUGAUGGGCUUGCCAGAGGGUUUCUCGAAAUACGAGGUCUCGCUGCUUACGAGGCCCGCUUGAGUCCUCCAGGACAAAUCCGAUCGUUCUUCAGUUCCAUGGUUCGGUUUUGUCAUAGAACCGCGCGGGACUAUCUACUGCACAACGAAAAUCGACGCCGUGCCUUGCUAGAAGCAUUUUCAGACUUCGAAGAGUCUCAAGUGUACGCAAAAAUCCGUAUUGCAGAGAACAUUUACGGCUGGCAUUCAAGGUUCCCACCUGGACAUGAUGUCUUCAAGAACUUUGAUCGGCCUUUCCGCCAAAACGUCAACCCGGACCUGAUGGCUAAAUUCGCAGUUCCACUUCGAGAAUCACUGACUCCCACAACCUUGCAAGUCGUUCGAAACGCAUGUUCACAAUCUUGGGAUCCACCGCCGGCUCAGGUCUCAAUCAUGGUGUAUGCCGCGUAUUGCGGUCUCGACCGGUUUGUUCUCCGCGAAGUUGCUAAAGACACCAUAAAUACCGGCGGGACCUGUGUGAGCGGCAGUGUUCUUUUGGCGGCAGUGCGGCAGUCGCAUUAUGAGCUGGCGUCAAGGAUUUUAACAAUGGGAAGAGGAAUGAAUGAGCUAUGCGUGGUAUCCGACAAGGACGCCGACGUGGAACGUUCAAGUUUGGUUCCCGCCUGCGUCGUCGCCAUUGCGGACAUCUUCGAGGACUUGCUAACUCUCUGGCGUCCACGGGAUUUUCAAACGGAGAAAUGGUUGAGCGUGGCGAGAAGUCUCUUGAAGUCCAAUAUUGGAUUGAACAUAUCGAUGUGGGCGACAGUACGCGGGAUGCAAAAAUUAAAUAUAGGAUCUGGAUCUAUGUGGACCACCGAGAUACGAUUUCGAAUCUCCUUCGCGGACUUUUUCGAGCUCUUUGAGAUUUCUGGGAAUGGAAGCAAAGAUGAUAACUCUGAAUCACCAAAUUCACUGGCUAUAGACACCCUCCGCGUGACGAGGAGCGAUAGAGCCGGCCGAGUGGAGAAGCAAGGGCUGGAUGUGAUGCAAUGGCUCAAGGCGUGGCUAGGCCAGCCCUCUACCGAACAUGGGCAUGAAAAGACUGGCUCAGUCGAGAGGAUGUUGCGCUUAGAAAAGAUGGAGUGGUCAUCGGAUACCCAGGAGUUGGUGGAGCUCAGGGGAUGGACAAGAUUAUAUUGA